GGUCGCCGCCGCCGGUCGUGAUCGAAGGGGCGGCCGCGCCGGAGACGCCGCCACCAUGAGGCUCCGCAUCUACAAGCGCAAAGUGCUGGCGCUGCUGCUCGCCCUGGCCGCCGCCGCCUGCGCCCUGGCGCUCUGGGGAGGCGCCGGAGAAGCCGCCGGGGGAGCCAAGCGGGAGGACGAUCGGGCACCGCCGCCGCCGCCGCCACCACCGGGAGACCAGCCCGCGGCGCCGGCCGGCAGCAGCAGCAGCAGCCUUCCCGCCCGCGCCGGGCAGCGGCUCCCCAACGCGUCGUCUCCGGCGUGGCUCCCCGGGGAAGAAGCGGCCGCGUCGGCGCUGCUUGGACCCAACCGGACGCUGCACUACCGCUCUCUCGUCUACCGGCUCAACUUCGACCAGCCCGUGCGCAACGAGGAGCGCUGGCGGGCGGCGACGUCGGAGGGCGACGGCGCGGCCGCUUCCCCGGACGGCGUGGCGGUGGCGGUGGUGGUGCAGGUGCACGAGCGCGCCGAGCACCUCCGGCUGCUGCUGGAGUCCUUGCGCCGCGCGCCGGGCGCCGAGCGGGUGCUGCUGGUGCUCAGCCACGACGUGUGGUCGGCCGAGCUGAACGCGCUGGCCGCGUCGGUGGACUUUUGCGCCGUGCUGCAGGUCUUCUUCCCGUUCAGCCUGCAGCUGUACCCGGGCGAGUUCCCCGGCACGGACCCGCGGGACUGCGCGCGCGAUGUGGGCCAGGCGGCGGCGCUGCGCCUGGGCUGCCUCAACGCGCAGUACCCGGACGCCUUCGGCCACUACCGCGAGGCCGCCUUCGCGCAGACCAAGCACCACUGGUGGUGGAAGCUGCACUUCGUGUGGGAGCGAGUGCGCGCCCUGCGACGCCACCCGGGCCUCGUGCUCUUCCUGGAGGAGGACCACUACUUGGCGCCCGACUUCUACCACGUGCUGCAGCGCCUGUGGGCCGCUCGCCAGAGGGACUGCCCCGAGUGCCAGGUGCUGUCGCUGGGCACCUAUGCCCCCGUGCGGGGACCCUUCUCCGGCCGCGCCGACAAGCUGGAGCUGAAGACGUGGAAGUCCACCGAGCACAACAUGGGCAUGGCCUUCGGGCGGGACACCUACGAGCAGCUGAUGGGCUGCGCCGAGGCCUUCUGCACCUACGACGACUACAACUGGGACUGGACCCUGCAGCACCUGACCGUCAGCUGCCUGCCGCGCUUCUGGAAGGUGCUGGUGCCCGAGAUCCCCAGGGUCUUCCACACGGGCGACUGCGGCAUGCACCACAAGAGGCAGUGCCAGCCCGCCGCCCAGAGUGCCAAAGUCGACGCGCUGCUCGACGCCAACCGGCAGCACCUGUUCCCCGAGACCAUGGUGGUGGGCAAGAGGUAUUCGCUGGCCCCGCUGAGCCCCCACGUCAAGAACGGCGGCUGGGGAGACAUUCGGGACCACGAGCUCUGCAAAAGUUACCGCAGGUUGCAGUGAGCAGAGCCGGGUGUGGAUGGAGCCUUGUCCUUCCCGCUGUCGGGCCUGUGGGAUCUGUUACAGGCAUGAGCUUGAAACUGGGGUGGGGGGUGUAUUGAUUGGUUUCUGCUUUAAUGUGGACAGUGGUUAUUACAGCGAGAGACGGGAAACAGAAGUGUUUCUGAGGCAGAAAGGUCCUGUAGGGGAAUGUUAAAAAUAAACAUAAAUGCUACUUGUUUACUGGAAAAAAUAAUUGACAAUUUUUACCUAGGCCUUUUUAUAAAGUGUUUGUGACACUUUCAAAGAACCCUGAAUUCCGUUUUCUUUUGCAGUUUGGGUGUCAAAAGGCAGUGGGUGGGGCGAGUGCCUAAGAUGACUGAGGCCCCCCUGUCCGCUACUCACGAGCCCCCCCAGUUCUGAACUGGUCGGCGCUUUCUGAACAACUCCUCAACCUCUCUCUGCCAACCACUUAUCUUACUAGAGAGAAUCAGUCAUUCAGUAUUCCAUAAUCUUGUACAUGCUUGCUUGAAAUUUGGUACCUUAAUACCUGCAAAAAGCCUUCUAUUUUAUUUGCUAUGUGCUUAUGAGAAAAUUGGAAAUCCAUUUCUUUUCACUUAAAUGUAGAAAUAUGCAACUUUUUUUUUAGUUCUGCCAAAAUAAAAAAAAUCAUGUUUUUUGUAA